AAGUGCGGCUGGAGACAUAAAGUCAGCUUCAUCUGUUAUUUGUAAUAAGUUAGGAUUUUAUUGUUGAACAAAUUGGGGAAUUACUUUGAUACAGGCGCAGAAAGAAGUUGAUAAAAUGUUAGUAAACCUCAUUUUAACAAUCAGAUAAUUAGUUUGGUGAAAAUGCACAACGCCCUGAUUCACUUUACAUCUGAAAACGAAAUCAACUGACAUUGGCAUUAAAGCUAUCAUUAAUACACAAAAGGAAGAUUUGACACAAAAGUCGUACAACUCUGUUUCUAUAGAUUUAUCUUUGAGUUACUGAGAAAUAUUUCUUCUGUGUGAGACACUUUCUCCUCACAGGAUGAGUUUGUGUUCAAGUUAAAUUUGGAUAGAUUCAUUAAAGAGUUUGCUACUGAGGAAAAAUUGCAGUAUAAAUGGUUUGAUGAAAACAGGAAUAUAUAAGAAGUGAUAAAAACACCCAUUCUCUCAUUUGAAAACGUAAAUUCUAGAACAAUGAGUUCUUCUGAAGAAUUGUCAAAGGAAGUAGGAAAAUUAUCAUACCCCUGUGAUAUCUGUAAAAAGACAUUCUCUCUAAAAAGCAGCCUUGCUACUCACAAACGUAUUCACACAGGAGAGAAAUCACAUAAGUGUGAUAUCUGUGGUAAAUCAUUCUCUCAAAUACGUACUUUAACUAUUCACAAACACAUUCAUACUGGAGAAAAACCAUAUAAAUGUGAAAACUGUGGUAAAUCAUUUGCCUUUAGAAGAUACUUAGCCAAACACAUACGAGUUCAUACGGGGGAAAAGCCAUAUCACUGUGAUAUCUGUGGUAAAUCAUUCUCUGAAAGUGAUGGCCUAACUAGCCACAUUCGAAUUCACACAGGUGAGAAGCCAUAUCAGUGUAAUAUUUGUGGUAAAUCAUUCUCUGAAAGAUGUAAUUUAACUACACACAAAAACAUUCAUACAGGAGAGAAGUCAUAUCACUGUGAUAUCUGUGGUAAAUCAUUCUUUCAGAAAGUUCACUUAGAUACUCACAAGCGUAGUCACACAGGAGAGAAACCGUAUCACUGUGAUAUCUGUGGUAAAGCUUAUGCUGAUGUAAAUAGCUUAUAUAGACACAAACACAUUCACACAGGACAGAAACCAUAUCAGUGUGAUGUCUGUGGUAAAUCAUUCAGUUACAGAGGUCCAUUAACAGCUCACAAACGUAUUCAUACGGGGAAGAAACCAUAUCGCUGUGACACAUGUGGUAAAUCUUUCAGAGAAGCAGCUCAGUUAUCAAUACACAAGAGACGUGUUCAUACAAAUGAGAAACCAUAUCAGUGUGAUAUCUGUGGUAAAUCAUUUUCUGAUGGAAGUAUAUUAACUGUUCACAAACGUAUUCAUACAGGGGAAAAAUCACAUCACUGUGAUAUCUGUGGUAAAUCAUUCACUGAAGGAAGUAAAUUAACUGUUCACAAACGUAUUCAUUCUGGGGAAAAACUAUAUCACUGUGAUAUCUGUGGUAAAUCCUUCUCUCAAACAGCACAUUUAACUGUUCACAUUCGUAUUCAUACAGGUGAGAAACCGUAUCACUGUGAUAUCUGUGAUAAAUCAUUCUCUCAAACCAGUCAUUUAACCAUUCACAGACGUACUCAUACAGGAGAGAAACCCUAUCAGUGUGAUAUUUGUGGUAAAUCUUUCUUCCAAAAUAGUGAUGUAACUAAGCACAAACGUUUUCAUGCAAGAGAGAAACCAUAUCACUGUGAUGUUUGUGGUAAAUCAUUUUUCCAAAAUAGUGAUUUGACUAGACACAAAAGUAUUCAUUCCAAAGGAAAAUAAUAUCACAGUGAUAUCCUUGGAAAGUCAUUCUCAAGUGAGCUCAACUGCUUGGAAAUAUCCAUUCUCUGAAGCAGAGUGGGAUGCAACUGAACAGAAACAUCGGCAUUAAUGUUGCCAAGGAUACAACAGCUUCUGUUCUGAUUCCACAAUAAAAUACAUCCAUUACUCUGUGAAAUUGAUCAUGGCAGGUAGGGCAGUCAGCCAUAACAACAAUGCCCCAAAAUGAAAGACAAAAGUGAAAUAUUUUUCCUGGUGCAGAACUCAUGAAAUGGGAACUUUUUUUUCUUUCUUGUCUUUUUUUUUUUUUUUUUUUUUUUUUUUUUUUUUUUUUUUUUUUUUUUUGUGGCAGUAAUAAUAAUGCAUUGUUUGCAUUUGAGAAAGUUUUACAGGAGAGGGAGAAAGUAAAAUAAUGAAAUGGAGAGAUAGGUGCAGGAAUGGCUAUGUGGUAAGAAGCUUGCUUCCCAACCACAUGCUCUCUGUUCAGUCCCACUGCAUAGCACCUUGGGCAAAUGUCUUCUACUGUAGCCUCAGGCCAACCAAAACCUUGUGAGUGGACUUGGUAAAUGGAAGAUGAAAGAAGCCCGUUGUAUGUAUAUAUAUAUAUAUAUAUAUAUAUAUAUAUAUAAGGAUUUACUUUUCGUAAUGAGAUAAAAGACUAAGGCUGUGUAUAAUAUAGAACAUUUAUAAAUAGAAUGUCUUACAGCUGUUUCCAGGAUAUUUAUUAUAUCCCUUCAUUGGAGACGGUGUGAGAGGAUGAUUAAGCAAUAGUUAGUUUAGUUAAGAUAGGAAAUAGAGAGUGAAUGUAGGGAUAUUGUAUUUGUAAAUCCAAUGUUUAGGCAGAAUGAGUUUGGAUUUUACUCACAAGGUAUUGGAAUCUUAUAUGUAUGAAGAAAACUGUUUGCAGCAUUUGUUCCAGCUCCUUAUCUUCUGAGUUCAAACCCUGCAGAUCUCACUUUUGCCGUUUAUCCUUGCGGGAUUGUUACAAUAAAACACAAAUGAAGAACUGAGGUUAAUGUAAUUGACAAACCACUUCUCAGAAAAUUGCUGGUUUUGUGCCUAAAUUAGAAAUGAUGUUAUUAAUAUUGAUUCAUUAUCAAUAAGUUUACCCCUGAAGGCUAAAUAUCAGCCUUCAAAAUAUGAAUAUUAAUUUAUUCCUAUGUGAUGUGUAAAAACAUUGUAAGUAAUGAUCUUUUUGAUGUUAAUAAAUUUUGUUGAUCAAAUUUAUCUUCCCCUUAUUUCUAAGCCUUUGACAGAAUCCCUGCUCCCUCAUCUGGUGGUCAAUGUAGAAGUUAUGAAUAGAUUAGUGGUUGGUGAGAGCUAUAUAAGCCAUGUACAGGGAUGUACACUAUUGUAUAAUAAAAACUUCACAAUUUUCAAGAAAUCUAUAUUCUUCAGGUAUUAUAUACCCACUUUUUUUACCUCCAACAUCUAAUAUUGUGAGACAAAUGCGAUGAUGUCCGCAUCAGUGACAAUGCAUUAUCAUCUAAACUAUAUGAAAUUUCUGCAACUAACAAUCGGCAGAAGUUUGUGAAUUAGUGGCUGAUUUCACUUUCAGUUUUGCAAUGUAACGUUUUGGUUUUGGAGGACGAAAGGAUGGCAAUGCUCGCCGAAUGUUUUAUAGAUAAAUUAUCAUUUUCUUGCUUUACAUUCUCUAUUUUCAUAUUUUCAAUAUGUUUUUUUCACCGUAUUUUCUAUCUAUCCUAUAAACAAAGUUAAGAUCAUCAACUAAUUUCAUACCACUUUUGUUAGUUCCCACUUGAAAGACCAUUGUAAAUAGGUUGCCUACACAAACUGACUCCAUUUAAUUGUUCAAUUAAAUGGGAGUCAGUUGAAACAAUCAUACUGCAUUACCUCUGGAUAUCCUGUUGUUUAUUUUGAUUUUAAUCACCUUAUUUUGAAACUGUAUGGAUAAUACUGUACUAAAUUCUGGUGCCUCAACUUAUGUACCUAAUUCAUCUGAAUCUAUAUACAUCUAUAUAUAUAUAUAUAUAAAACAAUACAAAUGAUAUAUAAGCAUAUGCAUAUAUGUACAUACCUACAUCUACAUGUAUAUAUAGAUGCAUAUAUGGGUACAGGAUGUUAGAAAAAUGAAUGGGGACAUAAAAACAAAACUGACUUUGUUUACAGGCAACAGAACGAACAUAUAUAUGCACAUAUACACACACACACACACACAUAUAUAUAUAUAUAUAUAUAUAUACAAAUAUAUAUAUAUGCACACAUA